AUGUCGGGGCUAUUUGAAACCCUCUCAGAGGGCGGGUUUGAACGUGCGGUUGAAGUGUUGGCUGAAUUGUUGAGGACAUUUGAUCCGGGAUACCCUGGCAGUUUGCACUACGUUGACAAGUUUGUUCUAGAGGAGGCGGAGGAUGCACAGGAUGUGGCGCCAUCCGCAACACAAAGUGGCGAGAAGAAGGUCGGGCACCGAGAGUUUUCCAGCGGUUCCGACUCUCUGGCAAGGUACUCGUCGGAGCACGCCGAUCGAGUCGUGGACCGACAUCCCAAUGGACGCCCAAAGCUCAAUCUCAAGGCACGUACAAAACCACAUGGACAGGAUGCUCGUGCAACUUGA